AUGAUGCUCAGGCAAGCUGCGAAGAAGGCUCUAGGGCUUACGUCACGUCAAUCAACGCCGUGGUCUGUUGGUAUCUCCCGACUCUACCAUGAGAACGUCAUCGACCACUACGAUAAUCCCCGUAACGUCGGAUCUUUCGAUAAGAAUGAUCCUACCGUCGGUACGGGUCUAGUCGGAGCUCCUGCCUGCGGUGAUGUUAUGAAGCUUCAGAUCAAGGUCGAUGAGAAGACCGGUCAAAUAACAGAUGCUCGUUUCAAGACCUUUGGUUGUGGUUCCGCUAUCGCGUCUUCAUCUGUCGCCACUGAAUGGGUGAAAGGCAAAGCUAUGGAGGAAGUCCUGACCAUCAAGAACACUCAAAUCGCGAAGCAUCUCUCUCUCCCACCAGUGAAGCUUCAUUGCAGUAUGUUGGCGGAGGACGCCAUCAAGGCAGCUGUGAAAGACUACAAGGAGAAGCGUGUGAAAACAAACGGUGCUGCAGCAGCCGGAGAAACCACACAGGCUUGA